AUGAAUAGUGCACGCGAGACAAAUCUUCAUUUUCUUUGGGAUUCUGGUCUCAUUCACGUUCGUAUGUCACGUAAUUUUAACUCGAACAUAACCAUGUACUACAAAUAUCUUUAUGAUCUCAUGCGCAAUCAAGCAUCAAAAAUUGACAACGGUAAUUUCAAACAAUGGAUUGCAGAAGGUGUGCAUCUGGUCUGUGGACAAGUUUAUAUAGAUGAGAGGAAUAUAACAAUGAAUGUUUCAGCCGUUUUCCAUUUGGGCAACACCUACUAUAAGAAAAAUAUUUCGGUUAUUGAAAAACGGAUUAUUCAAGGAGGUCAACGAUUAGAUGCUCUUCUAAACAUGUUAGCUGCUAAUCGUCCGAACCCGUCAUCAACACCACCAUCAAUAACAUCCACAUCAAUGUCAUCCUCACCAUUUGCAAAGCUCUAUUGGAGCAUCACCACACUUAUUGUCAUACUUAGCAUCGAAUUUGUUAUUGUCAUUACCUUUAUAGGAAUUCGAAUGUUUAUGCGACGGAAACAACCAAUAACAUUGUCAUUUUCUACACCUUUCAAGAAAUAA